AUGAACGAGUCGUACGAAAGUAGUAUCACUCAGUCGAUCGAAACCGGUACCAUUGAAACGAGUGUCAUGGGUACCAGUGAUCCAAGCUCAAGCAUCGAGAACCACUUCUACCUAUACUGCGAUGGAACUGAUGAUAAGUUCGUCAUCACUCGAGCUCGUGUGAUAGGAUUCCUGCCGAUCGAGGCAAAUGCUUUUUCGCACACAGUUAGGGUUAAUGUUCUAACAGAAUACGACAACUACCGCCGAACAGGAUUCAACAACUACGUGGAAAGAAACUACGGCAGCGACGGUUCCACCGGGAUAUCACCGCUACUGUCGGAGGACUAG